ACCUGCCAGAUUCUCCUUUAGGGAGGCCGAGGAUGGAAAUGCCCCGAUCGCAGACGCCCUCGCGCCAAGUGCCCUCGCCCUCCCCCCCUUUUCGGCUUCUGCCUUUCCCCAUUGGAUUGUGAGAUCGCCUCCCCAGGUCUUAACAUAGUGCAGGGCGCGUGGUAGGUGCUUAAUAGACGUUUAAUGAGCAUUGACUAUAAUCCAGCUCAAAACCCGACGGAACCUACCAGGUCGCUCCCCGCCCUACAAAACUCCGGAGAAUCACGUGAUCUUUCCUUCUCCGCCCACUAGCGUGUAGAUCUAACGGUUGGAUCUGUACUAACUGGGUCUAGGAGGUAGAGAGAGCGGUGAUCGAUUGGCUUCGCCUAGCCUUGAGCUUGGCCAGGAUUGGAGAAUUCCGAGGAAGCGGAUCGCACACCUCCGGGUUGUACGCCCCGCCCCCACACGCACACUUAUUUUAGGGGGCGCGACGCGGAAGUUCGGCACGCGCUUGCGCGGAAGUCCCGGAGACGGUGGCUAUGGCUUCGCGAGAGAUGGCCGGCGCGUGUGCUGUGUGCCAGGAGGGACCCAAGUACCGCUGCCCUGCCUGUCGCUCCCCGUACUGCUCGGUGCCUUGCUACAAAAAGCACAAAGAGCAGUGCAUCUCCAAACCCUCUCCCGUCGUGCAAAAUGGAGACUCAAGUGCUCUUCCCGGGAAAAGAAAGCUUUUGGAGGACAAAGGUAAAGACUGGUCAGUGUCUGAUAUUCUGGACAGCGAUGAUGAAAAGGACAGAGUCUCUAUUCAGAAGCUGAGGGACCUGGGGGACUGUAAGGAAUUAAGGAACUUACUGACCAAUCCCCACCUCCGACAGUUGUUGGUCAGCAUCGACCAGGCAGAUGACAAAGAGACCCUCAUGAAAAGCCUUAUGCAGGAACCCCUGUUUGUGGAGUUUGCUGACUGCUGUCUUAGAGUCGUCAAUCCUCCCGAGAAAGAAAAUUCUUCGGAUACAGAGGGGUGAGUUGAGCUUGCCCUGAGCUCCUGCCAACAUGGAGAUGGAACUGUUCUGCCUUUUAGAGAAGAAACAAAGGUUUGAUCAAACAAAAUGGAGGCAGCCUACCUCUGGUCACUGAAGUUCUGGGACUCGGCAGUCUCCAUUUCUCAUCUUGCCAAUGAACACAAUGUGCAUAAACCCCAAAGAAGCAACCUACUUUGUGGAAAGAAGACCUCUUCAAUAAUAAUGUGAGCUGGUUCUUUAAAAAGUUUUAUUUGUUUGUGGUACACAUCUAAACAAGCCUAGGAGAAGGGAAUGUUUGGCAAUGUUUCCCUCCUACACAUCAUUUAAAACAUCAGCUUGUUCCUAGAUGUGACAUUACUAGACAUUUAAAUAAAACGAAGUUUUACUGA